AUGGCACCUUCCAUCCCCUCUAAAUGCCGCGCUGUUGUAAUCGAGAAGCCCGGCGCGCCGUGGGUGAUCAAAGAAGUUCCCGUCGAACACCCUAAGCGCAGCGAAAUCCUGAUCAAAGUCCACGCGUGUGGUGUUUGCCAUUCCGAUAGCUUUUUGCAGCAGGGAGCCUUCGGGGAUGCUGCCUCGUUUCCCCGCAUCCCCGGUCAUGAGGUCAUCGGCACCGUUGUGGCAGUCGGAGACGGCGAGGAGAAAUGGAAAGUCGGCGAUUACGUGGGUGGGCCAUGGCAUGGUGGCCAUGACGGGACAUGUAAAGCAUGCAACAGAGGACUAUUCCAAAUCUGCGAUAAUGGGCUUGUGAAUGGAGUUUCGAGGAACGGCGGAUAUGCAGAAUACUGCACUCUCCGCACUGAAGCAGCGGUUCGCAUACCAGCGGGUGCUGAUGCAGCUCAAUACGCGCCGCUCCUUUGCGCCGGUGUUACCGUCUUCAACGGCAUCAGAAAGAUGGGCAUCACGCAGGGGGAUAUUGUUGCUGUUCAGGGCUUGGGUGGGCUUGGUCACCUAGCCAUACAAUACGCGCGCAAGAUGGGCUAUAGAACUGUUGCCCUCUCUACGAGCUCUAGUAAGAAGGACUUUGCGAGUCAACUUGGGGCGACAGACUACGUCGACACGAGCAAGGAGAGCGCGGCAGAGGCGCUGCAGAAGAUGGGCGGUGCCAGCCUCAUUGUUGUGACUGCACCUAAUCCAAAGGUUAUGGGGCCGUUGAUCAAUGGGCUGGGCCCGCUGGGAAAAUUGUUGAUUCUCGCUCCUGUCGGUGAUGUUCCAAUUAACACUGUUGCGCUUAUCCAGGGCGGCCGUUCUGUUCACGGCUGGCCCUCUGGACACGCGCUCGACAGCGAAGAAGCGAUUGAUUUCGCGGAGAAACAGGGUGUGAAGUGUAUGGUGGAGAAGUUUCCAUUUGACAAGGUGGAGGAUGCGGUUAAGCACAUGGAGAGCGGGAAGGUGAGGUUCAGGAGUGUCAUUGUGAUGGACUAA